CGUCCCAUUUUCUUUCAUCAGAAGCAACCAAAGCGAUGCCGUCAGUGUGAGCCGUGCCAGGUUGUCAAAGACUGUGGAAAGUGUAGUUUCUGUCUUGAUAAGACGAAGUUUGGGGGCCAGAACAAACUGAGACAGAGGUGUUUGUUCAGAACGUGCAUCCGAAUGGCCAGUAUUCCUUCUCCUGCUAUUGAUGUCGGCUUAGUGGAUCACAAUGACUACACUGCAAGACCUGAACCGGACCCUACAACAGAGAAAAAGAAAGAGAAAAAGAAGAAGAAGAUAAAGGACAAGAAGGAGAAACAACCAGAAGACAGAGAGAAACAGAUUCCUUUUCCUGCUGUUGAUGUCAGCUUAGUGGAUCACAAUGACUACACCGCAAGACCUGAACCGGACCCUACAACAAAGAAGACGACAGAGGACAAGGAGGAGAGCAUAGCUGCCAACUAUUAUGAAUUUUUUAACCCGGAGAAGCGCAAGCAAUCCCAGCAGGAGCCCACCAUCGAUGAGCCACAACCCAAGCGAGUCUGCUUCCCAGCGGCUGAGGAAGACUUGCCCCUGGGCAAGACUACAGGUGCCAAGUCAGCGACGGUGGGGAAAACAGCCAGUAAGUUGAAGACCUUGCUACUUGCCGAUAAGGUCAAUCUUAUCGAUGAAGUUGAGAACUGCGGCAUGAAAAACAGGACCGACAUAGCUGCGGAAUGGGGAAUUUCCAUAUCGGAACUGAAUGGAAUAAUGAGGAAAAAGGGAACGGUGAUGGAGCAGUUCCGAAAGCAAUGUCUGAUUCAAGCAAGACAGGUAGAAGAAGCUGUCCUGAUGUGGUGCAAGGCUGCACAAGCCAUGAACAUUCUUGUGACAAGGCAGAUCUUAGAAGAAAAGGCAAAAUCCCUUGCCAAGAAGUUGGGCUUUCCCAACUUCACUUUAAGUGAUGGAUGGUUGGAUCUUUUUAAAGCGCGAAACAAUGUCUCCUUCAAUGUGGUUGCUAGAGCAGGUGCUGCCGGAGUAUCAGAUGAAAGGAAAGCAUUGUCAAGUACCAGCCAACUUAGAGUACAUCAAAUGGUGAAAGAUUGGUUGAUAACUGACCUAAGUCCACUCCUGGUAGUGUACAAACCGUCGAACAUUUUUAAUGCCAAUGAGACCGGCAUUUUUUACCGCCUUCUUCCUGACCGAUUGCUCGCAUUCAAGGGGAAGGCCUGCAAUGGCGGUGAGAGAAGCGAAGAACGCCUGACUGCCAUGGUGUGCGCCAACAUGGACGGAAGCGAAAAACUGCCCCUGCUUGUCAUUGGCAACACAAAGAAGCCACAGUGUUUGGCUAACGUGAAGUCGCUACCAACGCUGUAUGAGGCAAACAAAACAGCAUGGAUGACAUCCGACAUCUUUGAAGCAUGGGCUCGUAAUAUCGACAAACUGUGCCAAAAGAAAAACCGAAAGAUCGCCAUAGUCAUCGACAGCUGUCCUGCGCAUCCCCACAUCACUGGUUUGAAGAGCGUCACUCUAGUCUUCCUUUCCCCCCUUACAGCUGCCAAUCUUCAGCCUAUGGAACAAGGUAUCAUUCGAAACUUGAAAAUGCACUACCGCCGCCAGCUCAUCACAUCAUUCCUUGCAGCAGUAGACAGGAAGGAGACGUACCACCCCACCGUGCUGGAUGCUAUGAUUCUCCUCAAGAAAUCCUGGAAGAUGGUCAGGGCAACUACUAUCUCCCACUGCUUUAAACUUGCUGGCUUUGAGAGAAAGAAGACCGCUACCAUCCUGGACAUCGAAACAGCUGAGCCUGACGUUGACAUCAACGCAGCCACUGAAGACAAGGACCUCUUUGAUCAACUAAGAGAAGCCGGGAUGGAUAUUCCACAGGAAAUAACGCUCAAAUCUUACGCCGCAGUUGACGCAGAUGUUCGAUGCACCACAGGGCUCUCCGAUGAUGCCAUCCUAGGUGCGGUGUCCUCCAGCGUAGCAGAAGUUAACAAUGUUGAAGAUGAUUAUGAAUCCACAACCCCCUACCCGGAUGUCUCCGUUGCGGAGGCCAUGCAACACCUGGACAAGUUGCAACACUUUGCGCUGCAGAAUCAUCACACUGAGGGCAUGUUAGACGCCAUCUGUGACAUCGAACAAGUCAUUGGUCGCGUUCGAAAAGACAACGCAACACAGAAAACUUAAGGAUCACAGACUCUCUUGCAUGCACCUUACAGCUGGGACCCUGACACUUUGCUUUUUCAAGCCCACACGGCCAGGGUUCGACCUUACCUUUUUUCCCCACUAGGCUACUGAAACAGACUUGUUAAGUCAACUGGUCUUUGAUGUAUAUGUAAAACAUGUAUCCUGAGACAAUCUUGUCCCUGUUUUUAAUGAACAUAUCUAAUCAUUUAAAGGGAAUGUACAACAUUUGCUUUUGCUGCAAUUUUCAGAAAUAAAUGGAUUUGGAGGAUUGG